UUUCAGGUCUGUUUAUUUCCAGUGUGCAGUAUUCGUUCAGUUCGAAAUGUUUGGAAAAUCGCCUUUCAGUUCAUCCAAUACAUCUGCCUUUGGUGCAAGUAGCUCAUUGUUUGGAUCGUCCGCCAAUCGACCACCAACAGGAUUUGGCACGCAAACGACCACGCAGAGCACGGGUUUAUUCGGACAAAAAUCUAUUUUUGGUUCUCCCGGACAGUCGACAUCACUUUUCGGAAGUACGCAGCCAACCUCCUCUGCUUCAACAUCAAUAUUUGGUCAGUCAAAACCACUUUUUGGUGCAUCGUCGACAACGCAACCAACAAGUUUCGGUGGUACCACAUCACUGUUUGGUUCAGCUCAGUCGGCACAACAAACUGGUGGUGUUUUCGGAUCAGGUUUUGGAACAUCAACUAUAUCGGGUACAACUGUUAAAUUCGAACCUCCCACAUCCACAGAUACUAUGCUUCGUAAUGGUACAAACCAAACGAUCAGCACGAAGCAUAUGUGUAUCACUGCCAUGAAACAAUAUGAAAACAAGAGUUUAGAGGAGCUGAGAUGUGAUGAUUACUUGGCAAACAGAAAAGGUCCUCAGAGUGGCGGUUUGGUAUUCGGUCAGACUUCGCAACCAUCUUCCUCGUUAUUUGGUUCUAGUACAAAUACAACGCAGUCUUCAAUUUUUGGUCAAAAUAAACCGCUGUUUGGAAGCACCUCAACUAGUUUUGGCGCUACAACCACAACCUCAUCUUUGUUGUUUGGGACCCCAACAACCACUACAUCGAUCUUCGGCAGUAAACCAGCUAGUGGAGGAUUGUUUGGUUCGACUACAGCAUCACCGUUUGGGCAGACUCAGACUAGCACAGGAUUAUUUGGCACUAAACCAUCGACGGGUUUCGGUACUCAAAGUUCGUCACUUUUUGGUGGACCAGCUUUCAGCACUGCUUCAUCCUCCUCAAGCCCAUUUACAUUUGGCAACAGCACGCAACCUGCAACUUCAACUACUUCGACAAGCCUUUUUGGUGCUAAACCGUCUCCUUCUGGCUUUGGUGCUUUUGGUCCAUCCACGUCCACAGCUUCACCUUUUGGUGCCCAAUCAACAGGUGGACUUUUUGGCUCUAAACCAGCUACUAGUGGAUUGUUUGGCUCGAGUACAGGAAGUCUUUUCGGACAACCCGCCCCUUCUUCAACCCCAUCAUUAUUCGGUUCAUCUGCAGCGAAACCAACUAAUUCUUUAUUUGGCUCUACUUCGACGCAGCCUGUUUUUGGUUCCACUCAACAAGUAGCAGGUGGUAAUGUAUCAUCAGCAGCACCCAUUGUUUUGGGAGCUGAUUUUAAUCAAUGGCAAAUUGAAAAAGCAGUAAUCGAAGCGCAGUUAGCAGCAAGUCCUUACGGUGACAAUCCGUUGUUAAAACUUUUAACGACCGAAUCACAAGAGAAAUCCAAUAUUCCUAAUCCAGUCAGCAUAGAGCGACAAAUUCGAUUUCUGGCUUCAAAGAAAGAUGCAGGUGCGGUGACGACAACAACACCGAGUGGACCACUUGUAUUGGGUUCAAUACCGGCUGCUGCAUCACGUAUCAGACCUUCGGCUUCCAAGUCCCGAGAUAGUAUUGGGGAUUUUACAUAUCACUCCAUGUUUUUGCCACCUGGCCUUAGAGGAAGUAAUAAGAAGAACACAUCAUUGAAUCUUGAUAGUGCCGUUAAUCGAUCGUGUGGUGCCAAUGGUUCUUCUUCAUCGAUAGAUCCUUCAAGCUUUCUGGGGAUGAAUACUAGCCAGUCAUCGAAAUCAAAAUAUAACUCCAAUGUUAAACGGCUUGAUCUCAGUGUCCUUCAUAAAUAUAUGCAAGAGAAUCGACGGAAUUCUACCAAUUCAGUAAAUUCGUCGCUUUUAUCAGCAGCACAGAUUGGUGGAGAUAAUGAAGCAGCUGAUAAUACACGAAUUGGUAUAGUUUCAAAGGAAGAUGCUCGAUCAGUUACUGCCGAGUUAACAACGACGGGACGAAGAACAGGCGUUUCAUUCAUAUUGCCACCUUCGAAAAGUUUAGCUGACAAAGUAGCAAUUGAAGAAGGGCGACAACCUGCUAGUCCUCAAUCUGCCCUGCGACAAUCUGCUGAAGUUUCCUCACCAUUGGUGUAUUCCGAGAAUGAAAGUACCAGUAAUUCACAGAAUAUAACUAAUAGUGUAGUUAAUACCUUUCCUGAAAAUAUUGCUGUGCAUAGCGUUCAUCCAGCAGGUAUAAUUUUAACAAGGCGGGAUUAUGAAUGCGAACCAUCGCUGGAUCAACUUGCAGAAAUGGCGCUGGAGAAUAAUGGUGUCUGUCAUAUUGUAAGUGGCUUUACGAUACGCCGACUUGCUUUCGGAAGUGUUUUCUGGCCGGGGCCAUUCGAUUUGUGCAAUGUUAAUUUGGAUAAGGUAGUACAUUUUCGUCAGCAUGAAGUGAUUGUAUAUCCUGAUGAUAAUGCGAAACCACCAGUUGGGCAAGAAUUAAAUCGAUUUGCAGAAGUUAGUUUGGACAGAGUUUGGCCUCGAGAUAAAAAAACCAAGGAAUAUAUCACGGAUCCUCUCAGGCUAGAAGAAUUGGGCUAUCGGGCGAAACUGGAACGUGCUUCGUUAAAAAUGGGAGCAAAAUUCAAAGAUUAUCGUCCUGAAACAGGCACUUGGGUUUUCGCAGUGCCACACUUUACCAAAUACGGACUGACGGAUGAUGAUGACGAUGAUAUGCUCGAUGAGGUACAGUUGAAGAUGGCCUUCAAAGCCAGCAGAAUCCAAAAUGCUGUGCAACGUGCCAAAUUACCGAAGCUGAAAGUUGCUCAUGAAGAUGACAUUGUCAACUCAGCGGCAACAAGUGAUUCUACAGCUGAUAGGUUUCAAGACCAUCAGCAAGAGUUGAAACAAAUUGAUUCAAUGUUUUUUGUACGUGGAUUGGGUGGAAUCAACGGUUAUGGAAAAUUAUUUCCUGAGCAGGAUGCUUUUUUUGAUACAAAUAUUGUGCAUGACUCUAUUCGACCAAGCGUGGUGUUAGAAACGCAACAUAAAGUGGAACUUUGUGAUAAUAAAGCAGUUCUGGAUGGUUUGUUGGGUGAUUCUAUGAUGAUUGAUGUAGAAGAACAAGACGAUAGCACGGAGCAGUCGCAAAUUUAUCUCAUUGAUCCGGUUAAUGAAAUAAAAAGUUAUUUUAAAGAGGGUGAACAAGUAGUCAUGAAAAUAGCCGAAAGAACUGGUACAUUUAUAGACGGCUCAUUAAUGAAUGGGAGAUGUGGACGUGUGAGUUGGAAUCAUGGACGAGUACAUUGGAUGAGUGACCUUCCAAAUUCAUUAUCAGUCCGAUGUGUUAAACUUCAGUGUGUCGAUCAAGUUCCUACAGAAUAUAUUAUUGAUCUCUUCCGAAAAAUCGACUCGAUGAGUAAAAUAGUGAGUAAUGCGGAUACCGACAAUCUGAUUUUCCAGAGUGUUCCACAAAGAAAGCCAGUUGGGGAGUUUCCUGAUUUAAUAAGUUGUUCUUUGGCGGCAUCGAGAUUUAGCGGUAUGACACAUGAUUCGAAUGUUUUGGAAUUAUGUGAUGCCCUUUUUGGCCCUCAAAUUGCAGCUUGCACCAAUUACACGAGAAUGCUCUGUCGUCGUGAAGAGGUCGCUAAUUGGCUACAAAAAUAUUUAGCAACUAUUGAACGACAUGAAAAGCUACCAUCAUCGGGUCCUGCUAAAAUUCUUCACUUAAUGCUGAUCGGUGAUUUGAAAGCUGCAGUAGAGGAAGCUAUCGAGAGUAAUCAUCCUCAUCUUGCUUUCGGGCUUUCAUUAUUUAAGCAUACCGACAGAGCAGCUUAUAAAAACCAGAUUGAACAUUGGAAGGGAACAAAGGAGUGUAAAUUUAUCGACGAGAAUCUGCUGAAAAUUUAUCUUUUGAUGGCUGGAGAAAUGCAAGCUGAAAUAAAUGGCAGAAUGAUCUUUGUAAAUGAUGGUUUGGGUGGAUUACAAGCGUUAUGCACAUUCGUUUCAUAUUUUGACCCAUUCGAUGCCUCGUUAAAAUAUGUUUUGCACGCUUUCGAAAACGAUUUGAAGGCGCGAGAGGCAGAACAUACGUUGAAGUGCAAUGUUUUUUAUAAGUUGAUUCAGUUGGCUUGUGAUCCCAGUCAGCCUAUGGAAGCUAUUUUAGAACCUGGCUGCACCUCUCUACAUCCCAUGGACUAUCAUUUAUGCUGGCAUUUGUGGUUUAUCUUACGAAUUUUGAAAUUUGGACAUCCCUCAGAAUCUGCUGAAUAUGCACUUCAUAUUCGAUUCGCUGAGCAACUUUGUCAAAUGGAGUUGUACGAUCUCGCUGCAGUUGUAUUGAUGCAUAUUUCUAGUUUGCAGAGUCGAAAUGAUGCUCUGAUCGAACUUGGGGAUCGAAUCGCGGAUAAGGCUAAUGAGGAAACUUACAUCAAACUGUCAACAGUAGCGCGUUUACCAGAUUGUAUUAUUGCUCGAUCAAGGUAG